AACACAAACAUCUUCAUAAAAAAUAAUAAAUUUUUUAUAAAAAAAAACCCUAGUUCUUGAUUCUUAAUUUUUUUUUCGUCGCAUCAUGAGUUCUACUCAUCCUAUUAAGGAAGAAAUCAUUGACGUUGAGGAUAUUGAUCAUCGAAACACAGCUAUGAUUUGUGUAACUAGGAAUGGAGAAGAUUUUUCGCGUUUUUUUGAUAAUGAUAUUGAUAGCGAUAAUGAUGAUGAUUUGGAACCAAGUCCGUUAAAGAAGAUGAAAGUUGAAGCGGCUUUGCCAGUAGGGUUUCUUGAUCCACUUCCGCCAGAAGAACGCGCGGCGUGGAACCGAUCGCGUGAAGUUGUUGUAAGUAAUAAUGAAUUGGUAGUGAGACCGGAAAAAGUUGUUGUUUCAUCUACUAAGCAGUUUUGGAAAGCUGGAGAUUAUGAAGGGAUUGAUGGUGGUUUUGCUGCUGGUCAUGCAGAUGGCAUGGAUCAUGUGAGAGUUCAUCCAAAAUUCUUGCAUUCAAAUGCCACUAGCCAUAAAUGGGCUUUGGGAGCUUUUGCUGAGCUUCUGGACAAUGCUAUGGACGAGGUUUGCAAUGGAGCUUCCUAUGUCAAUGUCGAUGUUUUUGACAACAAGAAAGACAAGGGUAAAAUGAUAUUAGUUGAAGAUAAUGGUGGUGGAAUGACUCCUGAUAAAAUGCGCCAGUGCAUGUCUCUCGGAUAUUCAGCAAAAAGCAAAUUAGCAAAUACUAUUGGCCAAUAUGGAAAUGGUUUCAAAACAAGUAGCAUGAGACUCGGGGCAGAUGUGAUUGUAUUCUCGCGUUGUCAGGGAAAGGACGGACUAAGCACAACACAAAGUGUUGGAAUGUUGUCAUAUACAUUUUUAAGGAGCACAGGAAAAGAAGAUAUCAUUGUUCCUAUGAUUGAUUUUGUGAAAAGAGAAGAAAUUUGGGAAAUUUUGGUUCGAUCUUCAGCUGAUGAUUGGAAAAGAAAUUCAGACACGAUAGUACAAUGGUCUCCGUAUGAAAGUGAAGAAGAUCUCUUCAUGCAGUUUGAAUUAUUGAAUGAUCAAGGAACACGAAUUAUCAUAUACAAUCUCUGGGAAGAUGAAGUAGGAGACACCGAACUUGAUUUUGACACCGAUCCACAAGACAUUCAAAUCAAGGGUGUUAGUCGAGACGAAAAGAAGAUUGAGAUGGCAAAAACAUAUCCUAAUUCCAGGCAUUUUCUAACUUAUCAACAUUCUUUAAGGAGUUAUGCUUCAAUAUUGUAUUUGAGGCUUUCUCCUGGAUUUCGAAUCAUUUUGCGAGGGAAAGAUGUUGAGCAUCAUAAUUUGGUUGACGAUAUGAUGAAUUGCGAGGAGAUUACUUACAGACCUCAACCCAUUGGUGAUGAAACAUCCAAGGAUCCAAAUGCAGUCGCUCUGGUAACUAUUGGUUUCGUGAAGGAUGCAGAACAUCACAUCGAUAUUCAAGGUUUCAACGUAUAUCACAAGAAUCGGCUAAUUAAGCCUUUCUGGAGGGUAUGGAAUGCUGCUGGAAGUGAUGGUCGUGGCACGAUAGGCGUCUUAGAAGCUAAUUUUGUUAAGCCAGCUCAUGAUAAACAGGGUUUUGAGAGGACGAUUGUGCUUGCUAGACUCGAGGCACGUUUACUAGUUAUGCAGAAGAAGUAUUGGGGUGAUAAUUGCCAUAAAAUUGGUUAUGCUAAACGUCGCAAUAUAAGGAACAAUGUCUCGCCUGAGAAUGAAACAAACACCCCUGCUACAAGCAAAUCCUGUUCCCGGUUUUCCUCCAAUGUCCAUACAACCAGUCAGGACAAAUCUAAAUCGAAAUCCACUGGAGGAGAACACAAGACGGGACAAGUCCAGUCUUCGAUACAAGCUACAAACCAGACCAUGUGGAGAGAAUUAUCAAAUAGGCAAACUCGUCAAAUUCCAACAAGUUGUGUUGUGAAGAUGGAAGAUACCGCGUCCAACUUGAGAGAAGAGAAUCACAGUACUAACAAUCGUUUACAACAAGCUUUGCGCGAUCUGCAGUAUGAGAAAGACAAGAAUAAAAGUCUACAAGUCCAACUUAAAGCAGCACAAAAGUUGAUAUCAGAGUUGAACAACAAUCACGACAAUUUAGCUGCCAUGCUAUUUGAUGAACGAGAACGAUCAAGGGAAUCUUCUGUUACCAACGAAGAGCUGCGCGAUAAAGUGAAGCUGCUACAAAAUAGGAUAGCCUGUUUGACAAGUAUCAAGCGUGAAUAUUGAGGAACAACUGAUGCAGACUUCAAUGUCUGACUAGUAGCAAGUCCAUUUAACAUUGACAUGUAGAGUAGUAUCUUUCACUAAUGGCUUGUAGUUGGCUGCUUUGCACAGAAUGUAAACUCGCAGACUGGAAAAAAUGUGAUUUACAAAUUAGCAAGAUCUUUAAUUGUGAGUUUAUUUUGUAUAGUAAUCCAUCAUGUUACCUUUACAAGAGUAUAGGAAUAUUACAGGCUGACAAAAUUAGCUCAAACUCAUAUGAUCCGUCCAAUCCUUUUAAGUUUUAAUGGGUUUUGGGCUAGAGUUAUUUUGAUGAUGAGUUGAUUCAGGUUAGCUUAAAUUGGUCCAUGAUAAAUCAAUAGCCCAAAUAGACACAUCAUGAUGCCUAAUCUUGACCCAUGGAAAUGCUUAAUUUUAGCUUCUAAGGUUCAACUCUAUAUUAAGAUUUUUAUAUAUGAAAA